AUGGCUGCCGAAAGACUGUCCGUAAUCAAAGGACAUAUUAAAGGAAGCAAUGUGUUCGUAGAGAAUUCCAUCAAUAACGAACACAAGCAGAGUCACAAGGUUCCGCAACGUAGGCAAGAUGUUGUGAAAUGGAAUGGAUGGGGAUACAAAGAUUCUAAGUUUCUUUAUGACUCUGACAAGGAUGUCAUUCAUUUUAUUGGGGCCAGGUAUCCUCUAGCAAACAAAAAGUUUCCCUUUUUCAAGACGUGGAUUAAAACCACUUUUGGAAUUACCGACGAUUAUCACUGCAAACCUAAGAUAAAAACCGAAGACUUGCCAGCUCCAGUAGUAAACAAGGACUUCCUAAGAGACAUCAAGAACCUUAAGGUUUUUUAUACUGAUGACCCGCAGGAGAGACUCUUUCGAUCUCAUGGCCAUACAAUGAGGGAAAUUCUUCUGCUAAGAGAAGGAAAUUUCAAAAGAAUUCCAGACCUUGUGGUCUGGCCAACUUCUCAUGAUGACGUGGUUGAAAUUGUUAAAACAGUGAACAAACACAAUGUUGUCAUCAUACCAUUUGGAGGUGGUACUAGUGUUUCUGGAGCAUUGGAAUGUCCAGAGGACGAAAAAAGAAUGAUUGUUUCCUUGGAUACUACUGAAAUGAACAAAAUAUUAUGGGUAGAUAAAAAGAACCACACAGCCCACAUUGAAGCUGGAAUCUUGGGUAAAGACUUAGAAAGUAAGCUUGCUGAGUACGGGUUCUGUACGGGUCAUGAACCAGAUUCAUCAGAGUUCAGUACUCUAGGGGGUUGGGUGGCCACUAGGGCAUCCGGGAUGAAGAGGAAUAUCUAUGGAAAUAUAGAAGACAUGUUGGUCCACGUGCGGAUGGUGACACCCCAAGGUGUUGUGGAGAAAAACUGCCAGGUUCCAAGAAUCUCGAGUGGUCCAGACGUCCAUCACUUCAUUCUAGGGUCUGAAGGUACGCUUGGAGUGAUUACAGAAGUAACACUUAGGAUAUGUCCUCUACCUGAAUGCAAAAGAUACGGCUCGUUUGUAUUCUCAGAUUUUGAAACCGGAGUGGCGUUUAUGAGAGAAGUUACUAAACAAGGACUUAAACCAGCUUCUAUUCGUUUAAUGGAUAACGAACAACUGAUGUUUGGUAAGUCUUUUUUGUUUGAGGUCCAACUGUUAGAAAACAAGCUUCUAGCUUUGGGGAACAGGUUUGGAGGUGUGUAUGGAGGUGAAGAAAACGGAAAACGCGGGUAUCUUUUAACUUAUGUAAUUGCAUACAUUCGGGACCUUCUAUUUGACUUUGGAGUGUUUGGAGAAUCCUUUGAAACUUCCGUACCAUGGGAUAGAGUUCUUGACCUCUGUAAAAAUGUUAAAGACAGAAUUCUUAAAGAAGCGGAAGCAUAUGGAUUACAACGUGAACCGAUCAUUUCUUACCGAGUAACUCAGACUUACGAUGUGGGGGCUUGUAUUUACUUUUAUAUGACUAUUUACGGGCGUGGCCUUCCAGAUCCUAUUCACGUCUACGAGAAACUCGAGGCAGUGGCUAGAGAUGAGAUACUUGCUUGUGGAGGUAGUGUUUCUCAUCACCACGGAAUUGGUAAGAUCCGGAAACGAUGGUUGAAGCAGUCUGUGUCCGAUGUUGGUCUUGGAAUGAUGAGAGCGGUGAAAGAAUACGUAGAUCCAAAUAAUGUGUUUGGCAACAGUAACUUGAUUUGA